AUGGUCAGGACCCGGAGUGACCAUCUACUCUAUUCCCUGGAAGAGCUUUUGCCCUAUGACUUCGAGAAGUUCAAGUUCAAGCUGCAGAACACCAGCCUGGAGAAGGAGCACACCCGGAUCCCCCGGGGCCAACUGCAGACAGCCGAGCCGGUGAAGCUGGCCUCUCUGCUGGUCAACCACUACGGGGAGGAGUAUGCUGUGCAGCUGACCCUGCAGGUCCUGAGGGCCAUCAACCAGCACCUCCUGGCAGAGGAGCUUCACCAGCUGAUCAGCCCAGGGAGGCUGCAGGACAAGGCUGUGUGUCCUCUUUGCCGUGCCCAGGAAGGAGACCCGGCUGGUGGCAGCUGUGUGCACAUCUCCUACAGCUGCUCUGCGGCUUCCGGGGACCCCGAGGCCUCACUCAGCCGCUCAUCCAGCUGCCCCCGGUGCCAGGACUUGUUCCCGGGGAAGGGCCAUGGAAGCCAUGAGUGGCAGGAGGGCCUGCAGAUGGCCAGCCUGAACCCCAAGAGCCUGCCACAGUGUGAGCGUCACAUGAAGCAAGCGCAGCUGCUCUUCUGCGAGGACCAUGGGGAGCUCAUCUGCCUUAUCUGCCGGCUGAGCCAGGAGCACCGGGGCCACCGGGUGCGCCCCAUUGAGGAGGCUGCCCUGGAAUACAAGGAGCAAAUUCAGAAGCAGUUGGACCAUCUGAAGGAGUUGAGAAAAUCUGGAGAGGAGCAGAGAUCUCAGGGGGAUAAGAAAACAGUAAACUCCCUGAAACAAGCUGAAACCCAAAAGCAGAGAAUCCAGUACCAGUUGGAGCAGCUGUGCCAGUUUUUAGAGCAGCAGGAACGGCUCUUUGUGGCCUGGCUAGAGGAGUUGGGCCAGACCAUCGGCCAGGUUAGGGAGACAUAUGGCACCCGAGGGACGAGGGACAUCGCCCUUCUCGACGAGCUGAUUGGGGAGCUGGAGGCCAAGCAGUGCCAGCCAGAGUGGGAGCUUAUGAAGGACAUUGGAGUCACCUUGCACAGGGCCAAGAUGGUGACUGUCCCUGAGCUGUGGGCCACGCCACCAGAGGUGAAAGAGAAGAUCCACCUGCUCUACCAGAAAUCAGAGUUUGUGGAGAAGCGCGUGAAGCACUUCUUGGAGACUCUGCGGUCAGAAGUGGAAACGUUCAGUGUUGCAGAACUGAUUGGUGGUCAGGCACUCUGAGGCGAGUAGCCUUGGCCUGCUGGGUCCCUGAUCGGUCCCCCAGUGCGUUCCUGAAGAACAACCCUGUCCACAUUUCCUGGAUGUGGGGAAAACC